AUGGUUUCAAAAUAUGGAGUUUUAAAAUUACUUUCUUCUAGGCAAAAGCAUACGAAAGCCGUGUCUGCAAUACCAAGCAAAACAAAACAGCGUAAUAUCAUGUCCGCAUUUGUUACGAAAGGAGUUAUGUUGAAAAAUAAUGUUGUCACAGCAACUGAAAUCAAGCUGGCGGGUUUCCUAGCUGAGCAUAAUAUUGCAUUCCAAACUGCAGAUCAUAUGUCAGAUUUAAUAAAUGGUAUAUUGGAAGAUUUUGGAGUGGAACAUAAAAUUGCUAUGAAAAGAACAAAAGCUACAGCUGUAAUCACCGAGGUAUUGGUGAAAGUGAAAAAUCGUCUCUAG